UUUCAUAAAAUACAUGGCUCAUAUCAUAAAAUAAGGACAUAGGCCGGGAGCCUUAUUUUUCAUCAUAGGAGGAAUCUUGUGAUGAAUAAUAAUCCGAAAUGAGCUUAUUCUUAUAAUUGGAGAGCAGAGGAUGGUGCUAAUCUCGAAGGGUUGAUUCCUAUGGAGUCGGUUUAUACUUUAUACGGUGCGCUAUUUCGACUUUGAUCGAGCACCCACUAGUAAACAUAAAAUUGAUACCUUGUAGAUUAGUCGAUGGGAGUACCAACACUACUUGGUCAUGGCAACAGUUACUCUCUCUCUCAAUCUCUCUCUCUCUCUCUCUCUCUCUCUCUCUCUCAUUUACGUCAAUCGCCUCUCUAAUUUUCUCUUCUUCCUCAGCCUCCAUCCACACAAAAAGGCAAUGAAAGCUCCAAUUCACAAAUUAUCCAAUCUCUCCCAACAACAAUUCCUCGUGCAUGGCGACAACAAGCCAUUUCAAAUCACCCCGAAAGCGAUCCGCCAAGCCCAAUAAUUCACUCCCCAUUUCCAUUUUAAUCCCCACCUCCACCUCCCCUCUCUCUCAUCACCACCACCAAUGGCCACCACCACCACCACUACAACCGCCACUCCCUCCACCAAAUUCCACCCCACCGAAAUCACUCUCUCCCCUCCGCCUCCUUCCCACGACGGCCUCUUGUUCUGGCAGUUCAUGGUGGCCGGCUCCGUCGCCGGAUCCGUCGAGCACAUGGCCAUGUUCCCAGUCGACACCCUCAAGACCCGUAUGCAGGCUAUUGGGCCUACUUCUUGCCCGUCUUCUACGGUUAAUCUCAGGCAAUCGCUUGGCUCGAUUUUGAAGCUGGAAGGGCCCGCUGUGCUGUACCGCGGUAUUGCCGCCAUGGGCCUCGGCGCUGGACCUGCCCACGCCGUUUACUUCUCGGUUUACGAGUGGUUCAAGAAGUCUUUAUCGGCGGGGAAUCCAAACAACUCAGCCGCCCACGCGGCAUCGGGCGUCUUGGCCACAGUGGCCAGCGACGCGGUGAUCACGCCGAUGGACGUGGUGAAGCAGAGGCUGCAGCUGAAGGGAAGUCCUUACAAGGGUGUGGGGGAUUGUGUGAGGAGAGUGGUUGUGGAGGAAGGAGUUGGGGCUUUCUAUAAAUCGUAUCGAACGACGGUGGUGAUGAAUGCGCCGUUCACAGCAAUCCAUUUUGCAACGUACGAGGCAGCCAAGAGAGGGUUGAUGGAGUUGUCGCUGGAGAGUGUGGGAGAGGAGGAUGAGACAUUGGUGGUCCAUGCAACGGCGGGUGCAGCUGCAGGGGCGUUGGCUGCUGCUUUAACUACUCCACUUGAUGUUGUCAAAACUCAGUUGCAGUGUCAGGGCGUUUGUGGAUGUGAUCGAUUCUCUAGCAGUUCGAUCCAGGAUGUAAUCCAAACUUUAGUGAAGAGGAAUGGAUAUGGAGGGCUUAUGAGGGGCUGGGUACCCAGAAUGCUAUUCCAUGCACCUGCGGCUGCAAUCUGCUGGUCUACCUAUGAGGCAGCAAAAACCUUCUUUCAAGACCUGAAUGGGAGAAAUAACAGCUCAGUUGAUUAAUAAGAUCAUUGAUUUAUAUAUCCGCUAUUUCGCACGCUUCCUCCAGAUUGACCUUUGUGGAACUCUGGAAGCAAUUGCUUCAUCCUGGUAGUAAUAGAAUAACACAGAAGCAUCAGUGUCUCAUAGUUGUCCAUUAUCUAAGUCGGUUGGUGGAGUCAUACGCAAAGAAGGAUCGGAGCUCACUAUACAUUAUGGUAAUCAUCUCUCCUCAGAUGAGAUGAUCGGAGCUCACUGUACAUUAUGGUAAUCAUCUCUCCUCAGAUGAGAUGAUGCUAUCGGUAAUCAAUUGGGGAAGUUAAUUUGUUCCCCACAAUAGUAUACUUCCUUGAUUCAGAACCUUUUAGUAGCUCUGUUGUAAUGCCGCUCUUGAUUUUGGUUGUGAUAUACAAAACAUGGUUUCUGUUUUUUUUUUUAAAA